AUGUCACAUUGUGUAUCCUCACCUCACAACUUGAAUGAGACUGAUUUAGCUUGUUCGAGAGGAGAUCAAGUAUAUGGCCACACAAAAGGAAGACUCCGAAAAAGUCAUCCCGUGAUAGUUGGAAUCAGAGUGAAAGCUCGAAUCAUUCGAAGAAGCAUGUCAAAGAGCGAAUCUGAUGUGGAGACUAAUCUGUCCAAGGUCAAUAUGGAUCGUGGGGGCAAAUCAAAGAGGGAACGAUUUAGAGAUGUUGUAGCCACGAUGGAGAAAUGA